UCGCCGCAGCCAAAGAAAGUGACCAAACAAACCACGCUCGCGGCUCGUCUAAUCCUCAUCCCCCUCCCGCCUCCCAAACCGAGUCCACCAAAAAUUUCCCGCGCGGCCACGCCAAAUUCCCCUUCUCCCCCACCGCUCGCGCCUCCCGCCCGGCCGAGCCCCCAACACAACGCCCGCCGCGCGCGAUCUGCCGUCCCCGCCGUCCCCAGGCUCCAGCCGUGGCAGAUCCGGCCCUGUCCCGCAGCGCCAUUCCGUCGAACACUUCGUGCGCGGCGGCAGGAGGGCCUGGAGGAGGAGGCGCAGGAUGUACGCGAGGCGCGCGUCGCAGCUGCUGAAGGAGCUCGACGCCUGCGAGCCCGGCCAGCUCGUGGUUUUCAACAGCGAUGUAUUUGAUCAGGUCAUUAGAGAGUGCGGUGAGCACAAUGCACAGUUUCAGGCAUUGAUCAGAAAAAUGGUGGAGCAAAAUUUAGACAUUGAAACAACAAGAAACGAAGACCACUAUGGUGCAGCUAUCCACCAUCUCUCGCUGCUCCGCAACAAAAGAUGCCUCAUGGCUUACAUGUACAACCGAGCAGAAACUAUUCGGAGUUUUAGAUGGAAAAUUGGUCCUGUGCUUCCUCAUGAAAUACAAGAAAAGCUCAAUUUUUCAGAGAAAGAGUACUUCAGAAGCCACUCUUCAGCCAUUAAGUCUUAUAUCUCAGAGAUGGAUAUAGAUUUAACAGUGGACAUGGUACCCCCCAAGGAUCCUUAUAUCCAGGUUCGGGUGCUGGAGGACAUUGGUGAAGUAUCUCUUGGUGACCAUUCUGUGUCAUUGACAAAAAAUUCACUCCAUUUCCUUAGACGCACAGAUGCAGAACAAUUUAUAUCACAGGGUCUCAUGGAAGAAUUUCUGGAGUAGGGAUCACAUAUGAUGUAAAAUAGAUUUUAAGUACCACCCACAACAUUUUCUUCGCUGCUGCUGUCUGGUGGAAUAUGCACUCUUGAGGUUCUCAUCAAGACUGCGUGAAAAAGGAAAGAACAUAUGCUAUCUUCGGAUGUUAAGGCAUGAGGGCAACACAAGGCACUGAACUGUGGAGCUCCAGCCUAGUUGGUAGUGAUGACUUGUAGUCUUUAGAUGAAUGGCUUAAUCUUGUUGUAUUAUGUUGUGACACAAUUUAAAACUUCUUAAAAUUAUAUAAGCAAUUUUCCUGUAAGUCAUGCAGUAGAAAGGUGACAAGUUCUGUUUUACUGAAAAUGACAACUUGAUCUCAA